UACACGGUGACAUCGUGGUCUCUGCCGCGCUUCUAAAAAUUAUAGAAAAUAAUGUAUUCGUCCACUCUAGGACCAUAGCUACUUUCCAUUUGUAGUAAGUGUUUGUGUUAUUUUAACAGAUCGCAGCCAUGGGUCGCCGGCCAGCCCGAUGCUACCGCUACUGCAAGAACAAGCCCUACCCCAAGUCCCGUUUCUGUCGCGGUGUGCCUGAUCCUAAGAUUCGGAUCUUUGACCUGGGCAGGAAGAAGGCCAGGGUGGACGAGUUCCCUCUGUGUGGUCACAUGGUCUCUGACGAGUACGAGCAGCUGUCCUCUGAAGCUCUGGAGGCAGCCCGUAUCUGUGCCAACAAGUACAUGGUGAAGACUUGUGGAAAAGAUGGCUUCCACAUCCGGGUCCGGCUGCACCCCUUCCAUGUCAUCCGUAUCAACAAGAUGUUGUCCUGCGCUGGGGCUGACAGGCUCCAGACAGGGAUGCGUGGUGCGUUCGGUAAACCCCUGGGCACAGUGGCCCGUGUUAGAAUCGGUCAGGUGAUCAUGUCUGUCCGCACCAAGGCCAGCAACAAGGAGCACAUUAUCGAGGCUCUCCGCAGAGCCAAGUUCAAGUUCCCCGGACGCCAGAAGAUCCACAUGUCCAAGAAGUACGGCUUCACCAAGUUCAACGCGGUGGACUUUGAUCAAAUGAUGGCUGAGAAGCGUGUGAUUCCUGAUGGCUGUGGGGUGAAGUACAUCCCUUCGACUGGUCCUCUGGCUCGCUGGAAGAAGAUUCACGCCAUCUAGACACCCAACUACAGACUGUCUGGACAGGUUCAACAUCCCAUAGGAUGCCUGUCUGGUCCUCGGCUUCACAAGAGGUCAGACAUGGUGAAUGAAUACAUCUGGAAAGUUGGCAAAUAAAAUAUUAAACUGA